ACACGUCCAGACAACUGGACGUCGUUUGACAAAGAUGGUGCCCGGUACGGUACAAUACAUUUCGUAAUCAUAGGACCUACGGGUAUUGAAUACGGUAACCUAACUUGCUUUUUUUCUGUUCCCUUCUUUCUGCUUCUGAAUCCAUGAUACGUUCAGACUGUCAGGUGUUGCUUUACACUCUUCAGCACUUACUAACUUGAGCAAAACAAAAAAGUUGGACUUUAGAUUUACUUUUUGCUACAUUAAGGGCUUUACUACUGUACUACAAUUUUCUAUAAUUGUACAUCACAGUAAAAGACUAUAUACAGAUAUAUUGUCCUUUUAUGUAUACAAUCUGACAAUUCAUGGAAAAGUAAGGAAAGAAUGUAUUUUGAAAUUCUGAUAUGUGAAAAAUGCCUAGUGACGGGUGUUAAAUAAAAUUCUUUCCCUAAUGCUGUAAUGAGUCUUAUGAGUGUAAUUCAGCAAUUUCUGCAACCUUUACUAAUCACAGCUGAGUGAUGGUUCUUUUUCACUGUAUUUUUUUAUCAUGGUAUAUUUCUGUUUAAUCAAGUUGCAAUCAUUGUUUCCUCAUAAGAUAAUUAGAGGAACCUAAACGUAAAUAUGGUGUUAUCAGAAGAUCUUCAGAAAAAGUAUGGCUUCUUGCUACAGCCAAUAAAGGAUAUUACUAAGAAUUGGGAAAUAGAUUUAACACAUGUUUUGGAAGAAUAUAUGGAAGAAUUAGAAAAAAUGACUUUUGAAUUUGACAAUGGAAAAACUGUGCUUAAUUUUGCGGAAGCAUCCUUGCUCAUUCAAGGUACAGCCUGUGUAUGGAGUAAAAAAGUUGAAUACUUAUAUGUUCUUGUAAAACAGACGCUAGAAAUGAUCACAAACAGACAGAAAGAGGUUCCCGAUGAAAAUCCCAACAAUUCUUCUAGUGAUAAAACUAUUGAUCCCAAUUUUGACGAUGAUGAAGAAAAAUUGCUAAAUCUGAAUGAUGUUGCAAUAACUUCGAAAAGAGAAUUCACUUCGAAUUAUGACCCAAUUACACCUAUUCCUAUAACCCCUACAGCAAUGCUUGAAAAUGAUAAUGAUGAAAGAGGAAGAUUGAUAUUGUCUGAAAACAAGAAUGACUCCGUUUGUUACACAAAUGAUUUUUGGGAGAAUCGUUUUAUCCCAUUUGAAAAAAGAAUGAGUGUUCUUGAUAGAGAUUCAGGUGGGUUUUUGGAUGAAAUUAUUGUUCCAUCAUUAGAAGAAUUAGAAAUUGCUCCGAUGAACAUUUUUUCUCGGUCUGAAGAACCUGUGGAAACAAAUUCUGUCCGAGAAGAAAUGGAUAAUUUUGGUGGAAUGGACGAGUCCAUGGAUGCAGGAGCUGCUGCUGAUGACGUGGAUGAUGCUCCUCCAUUCGUUAAAAAUAUAGAACAAGAAAAAACUGUUAUAGAAAGAAUGCAGUUAAGAGAAAGGUUUCUUGCCAAGCCUGUACCCAUACAUGAAACCCCAGUUUUUCCCACCAUCCUUGAUCCACAUGAGCAUUGUAGAAUACCUUGCUUUGCGGUCAAAAAAUAUGAAAAAAUCAGGUCUUAUUGUAUUCCAGCUUCCAUUCGCCAAUCUAAAACCACUAGAAAAAGAAAGAUUAACAGCCCGACUGUGGAUAAAGUUGAAGAAAUAUCACUUUUCAUAAUGAACAAAGGUUACAAGAAAAGGAGAGACAUCAAGUAUCAGGAUAAAUGUCUUGAGAAAUUCAUAGCUGGAGAAACUAAAGAAAGAGCUUUACUUUGGAAAAGUAUAAAACUAUUAGCUAUGACAAGUGAUGUUGACCAUUCACUUGGAAUGCCUGGAAAAGAUGUAGGCCCUGAUGCGGUGUUUGGCGAAGAAGAACAACUUGAACCAAUGAAUCAUGACUCGACAAUACAUUCGGAUCAUUUUUCACCUGACCUAGAUGACCUUAUUGGUGAUGUGGUAGAUAAUCAAGGCAAGGGGAAUCAUACUGCACAUGAAACUGUAAGCAGUCCCACUUCUUAUGAAGACCUCGUUCGCCACCAUGUUGAAAUGUUCUAUUCUGCUGCUAGGCGAUUCAAAGAAGAAACUGCGUUGUCACAAAGAGUAAAGUUAUGGGAUGAAUCUAUUACUCCACGUCUUGCAGAACAAAAUUCAAGACCGGAAUUUGACAUCCAUAAGUAUGGAGGAAUGAUGCUGAAAAAAUUUGAAAAGCCACAAGAUACUAAAUUAUUUGAAGAUGCUAUUGAAUCGCCAAAUUCAUGGUACAUUUGUAGACUAUUUGCAGCUACAUUGCAGCUUGUUAAUGACAACAAUUUUCUUAUAAGUAAAGAUUCUGAUUUCCAAAAGUCUGUUAACACAAUGAAAUUAACGCUGUUGAGUCAUCAUAGACUCUGUGAACGUUUUGAUGAUUAUUCUUCGAAAUCCUAAAUUUUGAUGAAAAACGUCUAGUCGUCUUAUAUUUUCGGUUUUAAAAAGUUUUAUUAGGUAAAUCACCCCUUAAAAAGUUUAUUGUUUAUGAUCAUUGCCAUUCUGUUUUUUCUUUAUUUCAGCCUCACAAAUUAGGCACUUUUUGUUGAUAUUGGGAGUUAUCUCAACUUCUGUGUUAUUUCCUUGGGGUGGCUAUCAUUUUCACAUUCACAUAUUUUUUUUUUUCACUUUUUAUGGGCCAUAUCGAGACAAAGCCUUUUUUGAUAGUCUCUUCGUAUUUUUGCAUUCAAACACAUGUUGGGAAACAUUGACACAGAUUCGAUUUGGUGCUUUGAUUUAAGAAUUGUAAAUUGUUGUAAAAUAAUAUGCAUCUGUUAUAUAGAAUUUCUUUCUUCGAUAAGGACCAUAACCCACUAACACUUUCUCAUUAAAAGCAUUUCUCAAAUAGA